AUGCUUUAUCUUACUUUAGUCUGUUUAAAAUCGGAAGUAGUCCCUACAAACCCUAAUCACAACAGUAAACUAUCGAACUACAAUUCUCCGUAUAAUUCUAGUACAAAUUUGGAUGGCAUAUAUACAAAUGGAUAUCAUAAUACAGGUUGUUUUUACUCAAAUUCUUUAUAUGGUAAAAUCUCAACAUCUACGGUUCGGUUAGAUCCUGCCCAUACCCCAUUGACUGUUACGCAAACUGCAGAAAAUCAUAUACCUAUUAAACAGGAACCAGCUGACAAAGAAUAUAAAGUUUUAGUUUAA